AUGCCAAAGAAACGCAGAAACGGAGGAAGGUCCAAGCACAACCGAGGCCACGUGAACCCUUUGAGGUGCUCCAACUGUGGAAGGUGUGUUCCCAAGGACAAGGCCAUUAAAAGAUUCAACAUCAGGAACAUCGUCGACACGUCCGCGCAGAGAGAUAUAAAGGAGGCCUCCGUCUACUCCACAUUUCAGUUACCGAAAUUGUACAUCAAGCAGUGCUACUGCGUUUCAUGCGCUAUUCACUCGCGUUUUGUGAGGGUUCGAUCGAGAGAGCAAAGAAGAGUUCGAAAGGAGACAUCAAAGCACAUCAACCCGUCGCAGUUGUAG